AUGGGGAGACCCACGUCGGAGCUGGCUUCGUCUUUUCUGGGGCUGCUACUGCUGCUGCUGUGUUGUCCCCAGGGAUGUCCUGGAAGGGCCGAACCCCCAGCCCCGCCCGAUAAGAUCGCAAUUAUUGGAGCUGGAAUUGGUGGCACUUCAGCAGCCUAUUACCUUCGACAGAAAUUUGGAAAGGAUGUGAAGAUCGACGUGUUUGAAAGAGGAGAGGUGGGUGGCCGAUUGGCCACAGAAACCUUGGACGGUCGGGAGUAUGAGGCAGGAGGCUCUAUCAUCCACCCUUUAAAUCUGCAUAUGAAGCGUUUUGUCAAGGACCUGGGUCUCUCUGCUGUAGAGGGCUCUUCUGGCUUAAUGGGAGUGUAUGAUGGAGAGAAACUGGUGUUCGAGGAGAGCCGCUGGUUUAUAAUUAAUAUAAUGAAACUAAUUUGGCAGUAUGGAUUUCAGUUCCUCCGAAUGCACAUGUGGGUAGAGGAUGUAUUGGAUAAAUUCAUGAGGAUCUACCGUUACCAGUCUCAUGACUAUGCCUUCAGUAGUGUAGAGAAGUUACUGCAUGCUCUGGGAGGGGACGAGUUUGUUGGAAUGUUUAAUCGAACUCUUCUUGACACCCUGGAGAAAGCAGGCUUCUCUGAAAAAUUCCUCAAUGAAAUUGUUACUCCUGUUAUGAGGGUUAAUUAUGCCCAAAGCUUGGACAUCAACGGCUUUGUGGGAGCAGUAUCACUUUCUAGUGCCGGAUCAGGCCUUUGGGCAGUGGAAGGUGGCAAUAAACUUGUUUGCUCAGGGCUCCUUCAAGCUUCCAAAAGUAAUCUUUUACGUGGCUCAGUAAUGUCCAUAGAGGAGAAAAAAAAGACAAAGCAGGCAGGAAAUCCCAGCAAGAUGUAUGAAGUGGUCUAUCAAAUUGGAUCUGAGAUCCACUCGGGUUUCUAUGACAUCGUGUUGGUGGCCACUCCACUGCAUCAAAAAAUGUCCAAUAUUACUUUCCUCAACUUUGAUCCUCCAAUUGCAGACUUCCAUCAAUACUAUCAACCUUUAGUAACAACUUUAAUUAAGGGACAAUUGAAUACAACUCUCUUCAGCUCUAGAGCUUUAGAUAAUUUUGAUCUCAGUGCAAUUUUAACCACUGAUAAUCCUGAUUUGUUCAUCUACAGCAUUGGGAUGCAGCACCCUGUAAAAGCAAAGGAUCAUCUUGAACCAACAGAUGGGAAAAACGUGUGGAAGAUCUUUUCCCAGGACAUUCUUACUAAACAGCAAAUUUCAAAGCUCUUUUUAUCUUAUGAUUAUGCUGUAAAAAAGCCAUGGCUAGCAUACCCUCACUACACACCUCCAGAGAAAUGCCCUUCCAUCAUUCUCCAUGAUCGGCUUUAUUAUCUCAAUGGCAUCGAGUUUGCGGCAAGUGCCAUGGAAAUGAGCGCCAUUGCAGGUUACAACACAGCUCUUCUGGCCUAUCACCGCUGGAAUGGGCACACAGACAUGAUUGACCAGGAAGGCUUAUAUGAAAAACUCAAGACAGAACUAUAA